GGGGGAGGGCCUGGGGGGGCUGGGAGGAGGCCUUCUAGGAGCUUAAGAGCCUCUUAUCGGAGGCCUAGGGGCAGGCCUAGGAGGAGGCCUUGGUUUUGGGGUGCAGUCCCCUCUUGCCGUGAACCCGGCUCUGAGGUGAGGCCCUGCACUGAGCCUCGCCAGUGCCCACCUGGCCCUAGAGAUGAGGGGGCCUCUGAGCGCCCCCGAAAUUUAACAAAAAAGGGGGUUUCCCUGUUCCACUGCGUUGUGUGCACUGCCAGGAGCCCCGUGCAGCAAGUGGGAGAGCUCACACCCCUCACAGUGAGAACUUUUAGGCGCUGAAGAAGGAAAAAAAGGCAUAAAACCCUCGCUUUGCGUCUCCUGUUGCUGAGCACCUCUUGCUCUCUUGGCUUUCCCUCCCUUUCUCCCCGCAAUGUCAGCACCUUGGGGAGUGAGCUCGUGUGGGACGCUCCCUGGGACCUGGCUGCAUUUAUUGCUGUGAGUGUGGGUGCUCUGGUGCUGGAGCUUUCAGUCACCGUGAUGGAUCAGGUAAUAAGGAGCUUGGCAGCUGCGUCAGGGAGACGUGGGAAGGGAAAACAGCACCCACGUGCUUCUGACAAGGCGGAAUCAGAGUGUCUGGUUCUGGCUGCUCGGUGUCUGCGUGGAGGUAACAGCCCCUUGACAUGGGGUAGGAAGAAAAGCAGCAAGAAACCACCACAGCGUUUGCACGGCUCCGAGGCAGAGAGUUUUGUGGUUUCAAACAGAGGGUUUGCAUUGCAUUUUCCUGGAGGGCUGCGUGGAGUCUGACUUCAGCACCAGGAAGGGGCGGAUUCUGGAGGAGAGCCACGAACUCCUCAUUCCCAACUCUGCUGGUGAGAGCUCUUUGCGGUGCACGGGUGCAGCCAAGCACCACUCCUCCUUUAUCUUUAUUUUUCAGGCACGGAGCUGAGCAAGGGGGCUCUGAUACAUCCUCGUGUGUCGCAACACCGAUAGAAAAGGGUUUCUUUUAGCUGCUCCUCUCCACGGCGUGAAUCCAAUCAGGGGGAACUGCAAAGCAAGGCAAAAGACCGCUGCGAGCUCCUUGCUACAACCCACUGCAGACAGGAGGAGGCUCCCUCGCCGUGCUGCACACCCAUCCCGUGCUUAACAGCUGAAGGAACGUGCUUGUGGCCUGCAGCAGCUGCCCCGGUUGAACUGGCCUGCCCAGCCCCGACCGACCAUGGAUUUCCCCCAGCACAGCAGGCAGGUCUUGGAGCAGCUGAACCAGCUGCGGCAGCUGGGCUUGCUGUGCGACUGCACCUUCGUGGUGGACGGCAUCAACUUCAAGGCCCACAAAGCCGUGCUGGCAGCGUGCAGUGAGUAUUUCAGGAUGCUCUUCGUGGAUCAGAAGGAGGAUGUGGUGCACCUCGACAUCAGCAAUGUGGCAGGGUUGGGGCAGGUCUUGGAGUUCAUGUACACGGCCAAGCUGAGCCUGAACCCUGACAAUGUGGAAGAUGUGCUGGCCGUGGCAGGGUUCCUCCAGAUGAGGGAGAUUGUCAACGCUUGCAAUGCACUCAAAUCCCUCACGGUGCUGGCAGAAAGCCCUGUAGAGAGCCGGGAGCUCCUCACUGAGCUGGGGGUUGAGAAGGUGAUUGUUGAGGACAAAACGGUGGCAGCAGUAACGCAGGGCGAUUCAGACAAACCAAAACAAGUUCCUCCCAACCAGGAGGGGAAGGAAGAGGCACCUGUGGCCGCAGCAGCACAGCCCAAGGAGCCAGCAGAGCAACCAGAUGCCAAAGAGGGCCCUGCAGAAAGUGGGCAGCCAGGAGGUGUGGACGAUGCCGCUGAAGCCGGCCCCGCUGCCACAUCCCCCAGCCACCUGCAUCCAGCAGAGAGCGAGGUGGGCAACAGCAGCCCCAGGGAGAAGGGCAGUGACGCUCCAAGCACCGAGGCAGGAGAGGUGGAGCUGGAAGGGAAGGAGGAAGAGGGGGAGGCGAUGGCAGAGGAUGAAGAGGAGGCUAAAAUUCCCAAGGCAGAGCAGCCCAAAUUAGAAAGCAGAGAAAACACGGAGGAUAAUGAAUCGGGGAGCACUGACUCUGGGCAGGAGAACUCAGGCGAAACGCGGCUGCUGCGUUCGGGCACUUACAGCGACAGGACCGAGUCGAAAGCCUACGGCUCCGUCACACACAAGUGUGAGGACUGCGGAAAGGAGUUCACCCACACAGGGAACUUCAAGCGGCACAUCCGCAUCCACACCGGCGAGAAACCCUUCUCCUGCAGGGAGUGCAAUAAAGCCUUCUCCGACCCAGCUGCGUGCAAAGCCCACGAGAAGACGCACAGCCCGCUGAAGCCCUAUGGCUGCGAGGAGUGCGGGAAGAGCUACCGCCUCAUCAGCCUGCUGAACCUGCACAAGAAGCGGCACACGGGGGAGGCCAAGUACCGCUGCGACGACUGCGGCAAGCUGUUCACCACCUCCGGCAACCUCAAGCGGCACCAGCUGGUGCACAGCGGGGAAAAGCCCUACCAGUGUGACUACUGCGGGCGCUCCUUCUCUGACCCCACCUCCAAAAUGCGGCACCUGGAGACCCACGACACCGACAAGGAGCACAAGUGUCCCCACUGCGACAAGAAAUUCAACCAGGUGGGGAACUUGAAAGCUCACUUGAAGAUUCACAUUGCGGACGGGCCCCUGAAGUGUCGGGAGUGCGGCAAGCAGUUCACCACCUCAGGCAACCUGAAGCGGCACCUCCGGAUCCACAGCGGGGAGAAGCCCUACGUCUGCGUGCACUGCCAGCGACAGUUCGCCGACCCCGGGGCGCUGCAGCGGCACGUCCGCAUCCACACGGGAGAGAAGCCGUGCCAGUGCCUGAUCUGUGGGAAGGCGUUCACCCAAGCCAGCUCCCUCAUCGCCCACGUGCGCCAGCACACGGGGGAGAAGCCCUACGUGUGUGAGCGCUGUGGCAAGAGGUUCGUGCAGUCCAGCCAGCUGGCCAACCACAUCCGGCACCACGACAACAUCCGACCUCACAAGUGCACCGUCUGCAACAAAGCCUUCGUCAACGUGGGUGACCUCUCCAAACACAUCAUCAUCCACACCGGGGAGAAGCCGUUCCUCUGUGACAAAUGCGGCCGUGGCUUCAACCGGGUGGACAACCUGCGCUCCCACGUCAAGACGGUGCACCAGGGCAAGGCGGGCAUGAAGAUCCUGGAGCCGGAGGACGGCAGCGAGCUCAACAUUGUCACGGUGGCCUCAGACGACAUGGUGACGCUGGCCACCGAGGCGCUGGCCGCCACCGCCGUCACGCAGCUCACGGUGGUCCCCGUGGCGGCCGCCGUGACGGCGGACGAGACCGAAGCGCUUAAAGCAGAGAUCACCAAAGCGGUGAAACAAGUGCAGGAAGCAGGUGAGGAAGGGAGGGGGCCGGCAUCGUGCUCACCUGGCUCCCGCCCUGCUGCCGCCCCACCCCGGGCCUCCCCUCUGCCCUUGCAGACCCCAACACUCAGAUCCUUUACGCCUGCGAUUCCUGCGGGGAGAAAUUCCUGGAUGCCACCAGCCUGGCGCAGCACGUCCGCAUCCACACGGCCCAGGCUCUCGUCAUGUUCCAGGCCGACACGGACUUUUACCAGCAGUACGGGGCCGCCGCUGCCACCUGGCAGACCGAGCAGGUCAUCCCCGCCACCGAGCUGCUUUUCCGUGCCCGUGACAGCCCCCAAGAGGCCCCCGCCGCCCCCCUGCCCCCCGUGCCCCUCGCUGGGGAGGGCCAGGCGCCUGCUGAAUGACCCACUCGCUCCCCCUCGCCUUUAUUUAAAGUCGGCUGCUUGGAAAUGGUGUUUAAAAAAAAAAAAAAAAGUGUAUUUCUGGAAGGAGAGAGUAAGAGAGAAGGAAUAAAUUGCAAUAUUUUCUAAA